AUGGAGAUCAUUCAACUUAAUGAUGAUGAUGAUGAUGAUGAGAUGGUUGAUACUUUUCAGGAUGGAGUGACAUCAAAUGGAACCCAAGGACCGCCUGGAGAUGCACCGUCAGUACUUUGGGAUGUUGGGCUUGACUUGUUGGAGUACCCUGAGUACUACAACAACCAGAGGAAUGUCUGCCAUGUCACAGAGGACACUGAGUUUUGGAAUGGCAUAAUUGAAGAAAAUUUCCAAACAAUUGGUGGAGUUCAAGCAAUCCCAACAACAAUGAAAUCGCUCAUGGGAUGA